CCAUUGCAGUAUCAACACGUUCCCCAGGUUCAUGGGGGUGGAAGUUAGCUAAAAUGUUGCAAAAAUCUAUAAAUUGACGCGUCUGAAAUAUGGCAGAUUCUAAGGUUGCAGAAGACAGUCCAAUUUUGCAUGUCGUGGUCAUUGGAUUUCAUCACAAAAAAGGAUGUCAGGUGGAGUAUUCCUACCCACCACUGAUACCAGGGAACGCAGUCGACAGCCAUGAGGUCCCAGAGAGGUGGAGGCACCUGCCGUCCCUGGCCCUACCUGAUGGGGCCCACAACUAUGUUAAAGAUACAGUAUUUUUCCACCUUCCUUCACAAGAUGGUGGCCGCAAGACUGUGUACUGUGUGUCCUGCUACAGACAGAUGGAUGCCAAAGACCUUAUCAACAGGACAGCUGAUGUGACCCGAAGCACAGUCCAGAAAAGUGUGUGUGUUCUCAGCAGACUGCCUCUGUAUGGUCAGAUCAAGUCCAGGAAAUGUUCCACUUCAGCAAGGUGGAGCUGCACAUGCAUCAGCAGACUGCUUCAGCAGACUUUCAACAACCUCAGCCAGUGCAUGACAGACAGCUUGCUGGGCGGGUCACAGGUCUUUCUAGACCUGUCUGCUAGGGAUGUGGUGAUGAAGUUCAAGCACAAGAUUGUUGUACUCUUCAAGCUGCUCCUCCUGGAGAGGAAGAUUUUGUUCUUUGGCUCGCCGGUAGAAAACCUGAGUGGCACUUUGCUCUCUGUAUUGUCACUCUUUCCAAAUAUGGUGGAGUUUGGUUUGGAUGAGUCUGUAAUGAAACAGUUUCGGGAACUGUCGCCCACACUAGGCAUGGCAUCUCUAGACGAUGAGGUGGAUGAGAAUGAGUCUUUCCUGGAGGUCAGAUACUCUUCGGAGAAGGAUGUUAAAAACAUGUCUGACAUUACAAUGCAUAUGAUGAAUGAACCUAUAAAACGCAGUAACAGUGUAGAGCCUCAGUCGCCAACUAUACCGAGGGAUGGUAGUCUGGUCUUGGAUGGAACUGUGUAUGACAAUGAUAAAGAUAUUCAAAACUCAUUUCAUGGGCAAGUGCAAUCUUUGGAUGGACAGAGGUCGAAGGCUUUGAAAAACUCUGAGAAUCAACAGCUCAAACUGGCUGCUGACCGUGAUCAGGUAAAGAGCUCAAAACCAAUAAGAUGCUCCUCUGUUGAGGACCAUCCAAAAGUUCAUGAUCAUGCCAAGGUUCAUGAUCUGUCAAAAGUACAUGACCUUUGUAAAGGUCAUAACCUUUCCAAGCAUAAGGGUGAAGGUGAAGGUUCAUCUAAAGAUGAUCCAAGUGAUUCAUGUGAUAUUCAAGAAAGUUUGCAAGAUGAAGAAACUUUUACAGCAUUUGGAAGCCCAAAAGAUAAGGGUGCGAUCGUAUAUAGCAAAGAGGACAGCCCUCUACAGCACAUGCCCAGCAUAACCCAGAUAGAGGCUGUCCAGACUGGAAUUACAAUGCCAAAUAGUUCAGAGAAAAUGGAGGAAUACUCACGCGAGGUUGAACUGGCAAGUAGCCCUGAAAGCCCUACUCAAGACCCCAGGAGAGACCUGCCACUUUCACUGGAUGACAAGGAGAGUGUACCCGCUCUCAGGAAGACCGACAGCUUUGAGGACCUAGAUUCUCCUGAGAGUAUUAGUAGAAUAGACAGGGAAGAUUGUUUCUCAUGGGAAGAUGACCGUGUUCUCUUGUCUAUUGAGCAUGAACCAGAAAUCAAAGAUGGCGCCGAUUCCAAGGGAGAUAACCCAGCUAAUGUUGGUUCUGCAUCUGCAUCUGCAUCUGCAUCUGCAUCUGCCACUGGAUUAAUGGUGGAGAAGGAAUGUAGUUCGGAUGAAAAGAUUUCAGUGUCAGAUAGUGAUACGGGAAGCGUUCCCUCUGAUAAAACUGUAACCCGUCGGUCCGGUCGCCAUGGUAGCCCAGGUGCAAAGGCUGCUGCUCUGAAACACAAACUUACUGCUGCCUUUGGGAAUUUACACAUAAAAGGAAAAGGGAAACCACUGGGUCAGAUCGAGAUGAAGCCGAUGUCAAGAGAAGAGUCUCUGAUUCAACAGGAUGACUAUGGUUUUCCUCUUGCUGUUUUCACAAAGGGCAGUGUCUGCCACCCAUACUUGAGUCUACAGUACCAUGACAUUCUGCAGGACGUCAACAUCAGGAGCUUCGUAAUAGGAGCCACCAAUAUACUGUUUAAACAGAGGAGGUCCCUGAUUGACGUCAUUGUGGAGAUUGCUGACGGCAAGGUGGAAAUCAUGGACAAGGAGCUUCAGCGGCUCCUUCACCUGACAACAGCUGAUCUCCGCUUUGCGGACUACCUAGUGAAGAUGGUUGUGGAGGACAAGAAUGACAUCUACCUGGACGGGACAGAGUGGGAGGGUGGAGACGAGUGGAUCCGUGCUCAGUUCCGCCUCUACCUGCAGACUCUCCUGGCUUCUGUCAUCAGUGAUGAUACCAAACUUCUAGAUGAUUAUGGCACUAGCUUUGUUCAGGCUUGGAAGAUGACUCACAACUUCAGGGUUUGGUCUAAAACGGAUCACGCUGGCCUCAAGGAGUUCCCUCCUGGACAUCCAUACCAAGGGCAUUUGAACGUUGCAGAUCUCAGAGUGAGGCUGUCACACAACUUGCAGAACACAGAGCGUGGUAAGAAGAUUAACGCAGCAGUAGUCCAGACCGGGAAGUACAUGGUGCAGACAGGCAAGGCUGUAGGGGGUGCUAUAAGCAAUGCACGAUCAGCCCUGUCAUCAUGGUUUAGUGGUUUCUCCUCGGAGAAGUCCCAGAUGUCGCCAUCAGAGUCAGCGGAAACCGUGUCCGAGCCGGAGUCCAGCUAACACUACCCCACCUCUCUCCAAACAUGGGAUUUUGUUCUUGUUUAUGCAUAUUAACUUGUACUGAGGUCUGCUCACGGGGUUGUUUACAUGGGCAAGAGGUAUUGUUGAUGUUGACUUCUUUCACGAGAUUUGUUCAAAUGUCGUUGCUGUAUGCCACUUGGAAUUAUUACAAGUUGCAGUGUUGUGACAUAUGGUUUGGUACAGCAUGGGAAGAUCAAAGAUGCAGUAAAGCCUCUAUUCCAUAGUUCUUUUAACGUAUAGAAAUUGAUGAAUGUCGAACUCUGCAAAUUCUGACACAUUCUUCUCAGAGAAAAUUUCCAGUGGCCCGUUCCACAAAGCGAUCGUAGCGCUAAGGUGAUCGUAACUCCCAUACUUUAAC